AGUCCAUGUUGAAAGCAAUGCCCAUUCUGACGGAUUCUUCCCAAAGAACAACGUAUAUGACAAACUCGAAAGAAGACCCCGGAUUCCUCCCACAAAUUCUGCCCAAGCAACGCUUGGGAUCUAGUUCUGAUAACGAGUCCGUAAUAGACUUCCACCGCGAUCGAUAUGGAUCCACGUCAGGUACCAGCACAGCCACGUCGGUCUCCAGCAGUCCCAUCAAGCUGCCCAACAUAGACAAGACCAAGUCCAACAGCAUCUCCAGCCUUCCUCAUGGGAAGGGCCACAGGUCGCGAAGCUACGACAGGACCGUUCUCUGCCGAUCGCCAAGCUGCCCGUCAAAUAUCGGGUAUUUUCGUACUAAAGAUGACAGUCCUUUGUACUGGCAUCCCGAUGCCUGCAAAUUCGAAACGUCGUCUCCCGAAAAGGACUCGGACUCUGGCAUUCGGCUCCCGGACAUAUUCAAAGACAGCAGUACGAUCAGCGGCGCCAGCCGAAGCACGAACAGGAGUCAGAGCACGAACCGGAGUCCGCCGUUCGGGAACAGAGGAGGAGUAGGUGGUGGUGGAUGUGGUGGAGGUGGUGGUGGACGGGAUUACAGCCCAACGACGUUUCGUAACGAGAUGGCGCUGUGUUUUACACGAGAGAAAACCAAGGUGUCCAAUUUGGAACGCACCCCUCGAUUGGACACCGCUCGUGACCAACAAGACACGUACAGGUCCAGCACGCAGAGCGCUCUGCUCCUGCCUAUACGGAACUCUGAAUCUCGGCUGUCCUUGAAAGGGAAGAAGCGGAAAAAGUACAGUUCGAGACAAAACACGCAGGUGAGCAUUCAGUCGGAUUGUGCGAACAUGUGCCAAAGCUUGGAGAGGGUGCGGUCUGCGAGGAAGAACACGCGUGCUAACAAGAGUGACCACGCCAUCUACAACACGUUUCGUGAAGUGGACGGCGCAAAUGCCGGUGAUGACAGUAUACGAAGGUCUAAGGACGAAAACAGUGUUUCUAGUAAUAAAGACGGUGCUAACCAAGUUGCAAGAAAACCAGCGCAUUGUAAGUCAAAACAUAAGGAUUCCACAUACAUUGCACCCGAUAGAGAAACAGCUCAAAUAAAAUCAUAAACAUCGAACACGAAUAUAGACGAAAAGUCUUAAUUAUUUCUUCUUUUUGUAUAUUCAA